UCAACUGAAGGAACAUCAAGUGAGGGAUCACAUAACAGUGCAGGAUGCGACGCCGCUGUGUUCUGAAGAACAUUUGAUCAAUAAACCUAAAAACAAGGCGCGUCCGCCGGUGAAGGACUCGACAAGUCACGCGAUCAGCGAUACAUAUGAGCAGUUGACGCUGGUGCUGCCCGAGGGCCUGCUCUGCCGCGAGUGUGACACACCGCUUGACAGUGACAAACACUUCCUUGGUUACACGAAGUGCAGCAAGUGUCCAUACGCGACAUCGUGUUACCGCGCCAUGCUGAACCACAGCGGCUGCUGCGCCGGACCGCACUCGCUGGAGGACGCGCCGCGCGCCGCCCCCCACACCACGCACUGCCUCUGCGGAUACAGCACUCACAUCGGUACGGACAUGCUGACACAUUUGUUAAUGUGUGAGCGCAAGACUGCUUACAGCUCGGAUGAGGAGGCACGCGCUAACAUCGUGAACGCGGAGGAGCAGACGCACAAGCCCGCACCACCAGCCGACACAUCGCCUCUUGAUACUCCAUUGGAGAGCCUGUCAUCGAUGUCAGACUACGCGCCGCCGUCCGUGCUCAACACGCAGCUGUCGCUUGACGACCUCGCUCCACCCUCUGUACUGCAGCCUGACCAGCAUGAGCCGGAACGUCUGGCGGACGCGUACGACCGGCCGCUGGCGACACCGCGCCGUGAGGAGCCCCACUACACGCUGGGGGACUUUGAGCCGCUGCCACAGGAGCCCCCGCCACAGCCUGACUUUGAACAACUCUAAAAUUCAACAUUGAACUACUCUGCAGCAAACAUCUCUUUCAUUCCUUGUGAUAAAACAGAGACGGACAUAGAAUUCCACUGUCUUUAGAUUGGUGAUCACUGUAUUAAAAAUUUUGGAUAAUUGGCAUUACUCCACUGAACAUACUAAAAUUAUGUCAUUUAAUUUGUCAUCUUCCUUUACAAUAUAUAGCUAUGGUUAGUUGGGCUCAUAGAUUUUUUAAUUU